AUGACCUGCUGUAGUGUCAUACAAAAAGAGAGCUGUCCACAGCAUCAGCUGCUGGCCAGAAGCCAUGUUACUGUCAGGGUGAGUGGAGAGAGCCAGCUGGUUCUGAUGACACGAGAGCAGUAUAUAUUAGCAACACAACAGAACAGCCUUCCAAGGACUGAACAUCCUCAGUUUUACCCAGUAGGGAUUUAUGGAUGGCGAAAGAGGUGCUUAUACUUCUUUGUCCUUCUGCUGUUGGUUACCAUGAUUGUUAACUUAGCAAUGACAGUAUGGAUUUUGAAGGUUAUGAAUUUCACAGUGGAUGGAAUGGGAAAUUUGAGAGUCACUAAAAAAGGAAUACGACUUGAAGGAAUAUCUGAAUUUCUACUUCCACUAUACGUGAAAGAAAUCCAUUCCCGAAAGGAUAGCCCACUGGUCUUACAGUCUGACAGAAAUGUAACAGUGAAUGCAAGAAAUCACAUGGGACAGUUAACUGGACAACUGACAGUAGGAGCUGAUGCUGUGGAGGCCCAGUGUAAAAGAUUUGAAGUGAGGGCAAGUGAAGGUGGAAAAGUGUUGUUUUCUGCAGAUGAAGAUGAGAUUGUCAUUGGAGCCGACAGACUGAAAGUAACAGGCACAGAAGGGGCAGUGUUUGGGCACUCUGUGGAGACACCCCAUAUCAGAGCAGAACCUUCCCAAGACCUCAAACUUGAAUCUCCUACUAGAUCUUUGGUGAUGGAAGCACCCAGGGGAGUGCAAGUCAAUGCAGCUGCAGGAGACUUAAAGGCUACCUGUAGGAAAGAACUGCACUUACAGUCCACAGAAGGGGAGAUAUUUUUAAAUGCAGAUACAAUCCGCCUGGGAAAUCUACCAGUGGGUUCCUUUUCUGCCGCCGCCUCCUCCUCCUCUUCCUCACCCAGCUCUUCAGCUCCUCGCCAGACUAUCUAUGAGCUCUGCGUCUGCCCCAAUGGUAAACUUUACCUGUCCCCAGCAGGAGCGGGCUCCACAUGUCAAUCCAGUAGCAACAUCUGCUUAUGGAGCUAGAAUGACUCCAAUUUAUCCUCACACCAGAAUAGCCUUUUGUUACUAUCCCUCUGCUUCACAGUUCUGCUCGGUUUCCCUUGUGACAAGUUCGACGCUUCA